AUGCCCGUCAAAGACUACGGAAUCUGGAAGGCAUUUCCAGCUCACUACGAGUUCGAGGAUCGUUUCGAGGACCCCAAAUCCCCCCACCUCUCGCUAUACUAUCAUGACAAUAAUGCAAAAAUGCCACAAUUUGACCGUGAAUACCGACACAAACAUAAGGGCAACCCGCCAAAUAAGCUAAAACCAAGGGAGAUUCCUGGAUUAUUCCGCGCAGCAAUCAACAUCAAGUCCACAGCCAAGGAGUCCCGGCUUGCAUAUUGGGUAAAUCAUAACAUUGUCGAGCACCCCAUCGCCGAAAAGCUAUCUAGCUUGGACUUCGGCUUCCACCCAAUUGAUCAAAUCACCGAUUUCGAUGGUAAAGGUCUGGACUAUAUUCGAGGGAACCUCUUCACUACAAAGAGCGGCCGUGUUCUUCCGCACGACAUCCCUGGCACGAAUAACGAUAUAAUCGACGUUCUAGAGCCCGAAGUAAAAAAGGCAAUUCAUCACAAAGCUACUAUCUAUCUUUUCGGCUCUAUGUUCAACACCAGAAACGGAAUCCACAACGUCCACAUGAACCAGGGCAAUAUCCCGCACUUUGUCAAAGAUGACGGUGUAUUUCAGGAUGGUGGCCUCCUCAUCGAGUACGACGAUCACUGGACUGGCGUGUUCCUUGCAUUCGCAUCCCAGGCCGCUCACACAGAUGACCACAAUGGACAUGCUUUUGCAAAACACGUCGUUACUUGGGCAGACAUUCUACCCCAAGAGAUUGUUGAGAAUUCGGUAACGAUCAAGGAGGCACUUGUCAAUCCACGAGGCAGAGAUGAUCGGUCCGCCAAACAAAAAGAGUUCGUAACGCUUGAAAACCUUACAAACCACAGAGUAGCCCUGUCAUCAUGGAGGGUUCAUAAUGCUGCUGGUCAAGUCCAAGCGCUCCCUCAAAAUGCAGCUUUGGACUCUCGAGCUAUGAAAAAGUUCGAGAUGUCAAACUGCCCUCUUUCUAACAACGGCGAUACUAUCACCCUACUUAAUGAAGAGGGACUAAGGAUCGAUGGAGGCAACUAUGGGAAAUUUGUGACGCAAGAGUAG